CAGCCUGCAUGAGUAAAUGAAUACAAUUCUGAUCGGGGCAUCCUUUUCCCGAAUCCGAUGUCACAGUAAUCUCUCAGCUCUCCAAUGGCACUAACUUGAGAUGAUCUUCAGUUUGCUAGCUUUCUGCAUCUGGGAUACGAUGGAGCUUUACCUCACCUCCUAAUGGCGACUUCAAUUUCUGAAUACGUAGUACAAUGCAUACAAAAGUUUCAAGCCGCUUCAUCGGAGUGUGAUAAGCUGAACGAUGCGGCACGUCAGAAGUUCCUUGAUGAGUUUGCACGGUUCAAGAUCUGGGCGGGUAAUUUGGGGGCUCACCGCAGGGGUCGCAGUUCACUAGAUUGGCGCCUUCGCGACGCAUCACAUCUCCGAGAAUUGGUUAUCAAUCUACUCACGGAUUUGAAGAGUAGUCUCCAUGACACUCAGUCACUGCUUCAUAAUGAUCUCAAAACUGAUCAAAAUGAAGCGCUAAUCCCAGAAGGCUCUCUCGGAACUGAUGAUAUCGAAACCAAUGAUGAUACCGAGUUCCUCGAAAUUAUUACAGAUAUAAAUGAUAUAAUAGGUUGCUUGCUAAGACUUUCAGUCUCGAUCAGAAAUCCCGCUCCGCAUGACCAUUUCAUGUCAUCGAAGUUCAUCGAUACCUCCUAUUUUGAGGAAUACGACGUGGAACACGUCAAAGCCAAGUUUCCGCAUAUAGAACUAGCAUUAGCAAUUCGCCUAGGAAAGGCAAUAUCUCAAAGACGACAGUACUUCAAGUAUCGCAAGGCUCAUCAUGAAAAGCUCAAUGCAGGGUUAGAUCUCGACUUGGGAAGAUCCGAAGCCGGAGCUCAAAGCACAAUCGCAUCGUCUAUACCAACCGCACUCAAGGAUAACGAAAACAGCCACCCGGCAUUCAGUCGACUCGAUGAAGAGGAAGAAUCGAAUUCCGGUGCUUCUCAGACAUCUUACGCGACUUCUGGUCCGGAAUCGGGUCGGCUCAAGAUCCCUUCGCUACCAAAACAAGCAAGUGAUGGUCCUUUCGAAUGUCCAUUUUGCUACAUGAUAAUAUCAGUUAGCACUACAAUCCAAUGGAAGAACCACGUAAUUGCGGACUUGCGGCCAUACACCUGUGUCGAGUUAGAUUGCUUGACUCCAGAGCAGCAGUACACCAGACGCCGAGACUGGCUGGAACACCUGGACCAGAAGCAUUGCCGAGUCUUCAGAUGCCCCUAUUCUUGCCAGGAAGCAGAGUUCGACACACGUAGUCAGCUUGAACGUCAUCUACGGAGCCUUCACCAACAAAUGUCGUCUCAAAAAGAUCUCAGCUUUAUGAUUAGUUUAUGCGAGCGGUCUAUGCCUUGGCCGGAAGAGGCCAAAUGUCCACUCUGCCAACACACUCUAUAUUCGAAGGGAGAAUAUGCUCGCCAUGUCGGCCGGCACCAGACCGAACUGGCUCUAUUCGCCCUUCCGCGCAAUGAAGACGAUGAAGAAGAUCUCCUAAAAGUAGAAGAUGAAGUAGAAGAUGAAGACGAUACAGAAGGCGAAGAUGAUGUAGAAGACGAAUAUGACAAUGUCAAAUUUGUGGCUUCAGGUAACGUUUUUUUUAGAGCGGUCGAGGAUGCGAGACUAGCCCACGAGGAAGCAAGAGCGAAGGUGGAAGAGGAAAACCGGAAAACGAGCUCCAAAACGCCUACCCGCAAUAGCCAGAAUCUCACUCCAUCCACCAUUGUGAUCGAGCCCACUGAGGAAUCUCAACGGUUUUACAAUCAGAACAGGCGCGAAAUGGAUAGACAGCGCCUUGAACCCCACAUAGAAGAUAUCCUUCCAUUAGAACCCAAGAUAGCGAGUGCCAUUCGCGGUAGGAGGAGAGGUCCAAUAGAGUUGGAAACACGAACUAAAACUGCUUUCAAAAGAAAAUUCAAGCUUACUUGCGCAUUUCAUCGCGCAAAAAGGGUAUCGUGUAACUGCCAUGAUUUCUCGAAAUUGGAAGAAGGCUAUCGCAAGUACUGUGCGGAUGAAGAGCAAAAGGCAAGAGCUGCCUCCCGAGGUGAGUCGGUGAGGCCGUUUGGUGAAGGUAAUAAAGAGACGUACAGAACUGGUGAUGGCGUACCGUCCAAGGACGAGGUAGACGCUCUCAGGAGGAGGUUUAACUUCCCGUCCCGUAACUGAAAUACAUAGUUAACCCCCCGCCCCUCCUUUCCUAGCACCAUUAUCGCAGAUCCUCAAACCCACCACGCCGCUCCAGAGCACAGCGCGAGGUGGAACCAGCGACAAGCGGUCAACGUCAUAAAUAUGUCAUGUCCCUGAAAUAUCAUCGGGCCGCAAAAAAAAAAAAAAAAUUCUAGACACGCGUUAUCC